AACAACUCGGGGUCCUUUUCUCCUUCUUGCUAGCCGUCGCAGCGGUUUUGUCCAAAACAUUACCUCUUUCUUCCGUGCCUAACUCGCGAGAAACAGCCCAUGUGUGUCGCUAGAAUGCUGAUUUUAUCGCGUUAAUUUCGCAGACGCUUCCAUAGUUUUCGAUCAUUCCGACUGAGCGAAUCCAGCGGUUUGUUUUUUUUCUACCGCCGUCAAAGGGUGUGUUUUCCUCGGCUGCCGUCGAACGGCCGUGACGGUGACCACCAUUUAAGAUACGUCUUUUUUAAUAUUUGACUCGUAAUUUCAGGGGGCGUUAAUGAGCAGCCAUGUCUGGCAUCGCUUUGAGCAGACUGUCCCAGGAGCGUAAAGCCUGGAGGAAAGACCACCCGUUUGGCUUUGUUGCCGUGCCAACCAAGAAUCCCGACGGAACCAUGAAUCUGAUGAACUGGGAGUGCGCCAUUCCCGGGAAGAAAGGGACCCUGUGGGAGGGAGGCCUGUACAAGCUCCGGAUGCUCUUCAAGGACGACUACCCUUCCUCCCCACCUAAAUGCAAGUUCGAGCCCCCCAUUUUCCACCCCAACGUCUACCCAUCAGGCACUGUGUGUCUGUCCAUCCUGGAGGAGGACAAGGACUGGAGACCUGCCAUCACCAUCAAGCAGAUCCUCCUGGGGAUCCAGGAGCUGCUGAACGAGCCCAACAUCCAAGACCCGGCGCAGGCAGAGGCCUACACCAUCUACUGUCAGAACAGGAUGGACUACGAGAAGCGGGUCCGAGCGCAGGCCAAGAAGUUCGCCCCCACAUAGAGCCGGAGCCUGGGCAGAGGGCGGCCUGCGCCGGGAAGACCACUCCAAUCAGAGUCCAGUGUUAUGAAAGUCCUUUGGAGAUGACCAGUCCAAACCAGAUUGUAUCCCUUCAUCCUCGUUUCACAUUCGUCCACUAGAGUAGAAACGGCAGGUCGAGCUUCUGCUGCCUCCAUCGGUCGCUCCCUCUCGCUGUAGAUGCCCAUCUUCUGUGCUCCGUGUUUCCUGUUUCUCCCAACAGAGUCCAGCGUGUCUGAACCACUGCCUGAGUCCGCUGAAGGCAGCUCAUUGGAAUGGCCUCUCCACCAGCAGGGACUCGGAGGAAGCUGCAGCCCAGACCGGAGCCUGUACAUAAUAUAAAUAAUGAGGACUGUGGACGUUCAGUUUUAUAUUGUUUUAGCCAGUGGACAUUCGUGUGUGCUAUUAUAACAGGAAACACAGUACAUGGCAGAUCAUUGUGAAAUAAAACAGAAUAAAAGGACGACAGCAG